AUGGGGUGGUGGCGGUUGGCAGCGUCAUUUUCCCUUUUUUUCCUUUUUGUUUUUCUUUUCUUCUUCACUAAACGGGAGAAAGCGUAUUCGUUUACUGACCACAUAAAAUGUGAAAAGAAAUGCAAUUCAACGUUUGUCUUCUCUUUUUCCCUCUCCUUCAAUCUGUCCUUCUUUUCCUCUUCCGAUCCCCUUCUCCUUCAAUCUGUCCUUCAUUCUUUUCCUCGAUUGCCGAUUUCCCUCUUUUCCGAUCCCUCAUCCCUCGAUCUGCCCUUCUUUUCCUAUUCCGAUCCCCAUUCUCCCUCGAUGUGUCCCUUUUCUCUUCCGAUCCUCCUCAUCCCCCGAUCCCCUUCACUUUUCCCCUCGAUCCCCCAUUCUCCUCGAUCUGUCAUUCUUUUUGCUUCUUCUGAACUUUUCCCUCAAUCUGUCCUCCUUUUCCGCUUCCGAUCCCCUUUUCCCUUCCCCUUCUUCCGAUCCCUUCCCCUCGCAAAUCUGUCCUUCUUUUGUGUCCGAUCCUCCUUCUCCUUUUCCUUCUUUUUCUUCUUGAUCCUCCUCAUCCCUCUUCUGAUCUUUCCCUUCUUUUCCUCUUCUGAUCCCCAUUCUCCCUCAAUCUGUCAUUCUCUUUUCCUCUAUUGA